ACAUCAAUACUGAACAACGCAAACGAAUCAUGUGUGUAAUUGUUAUUAUAAUAUUCUCCUGCGACCGGUAUCUGCUGAUAAACUGUUGUCCGUAUAGUAUGCUACAGAUGAGUUACAAGGAUGGUGGGGCACAGUACAUCUGGGACGAUCGACGAUUACACUUGACACAGGACUACCCAGCCACAGGACUAUAAAAAUUUGACCCUGCCAGCGAUUAAAUGUUGUCCAUAGACAAAAAAAUAUAAACCUAACCUAUGUUGUUGUCGGGGUGCUUGCAUGCCGCUGUUCACCGAAACAGUCGUCUUUUCGGAACCGUACAAGUCACAGUCGUUGUGUAUUUAUACGAUGUCGGAAGAAAUAAACAUUGAUGUUGCGAAGGGAAUAUCUUUACCGGAUAUAAAAUGCCGCACAAACGGAUUUAGAUUAGGGUUGGAACCAGAAAUGAUUAUGCACUCGAAACUGGUAGAUGGUAAAAAUUACCUUUUAAUGAAGUGGAAGGACGUUGAAGAGCCAUCUUAUGUCAAGGCUUCUGUUGCAAAUAAAAAAUGCCCAAGUCUUGUUAUUGAUUUUUACCAAAAACACCUUACAUGGUCCAAUCUUUAAUAGGUAAGUACUAAAUCAAUUCAACUUGGUAACCGUAGGUUACAUUAGUUUGUUUUGUCUAUUUUUUUUCUAGUAGUUAGUACUGUUGUACUCCUGUUAUAAUUUAAAAUUCUAAUUUGAAUUUUGUAAUCCUUUAUUCGUGAUAUUUGUGUAUAAAUGUUUUAUUAUACAUAUUUUAAUUACUAUUUCACUAUCCUAACUGAAUAUAUGGUAUUAACCGAAUACCGGAGAGUCAAUAUUAUUCAUACCUCUCCGCCAUAAAACUUUUUUUUUAUUAAUUUAUUUUCUUAUUUAUGUGGACUGCAAAUUGUAAAAAUACUAAAUAUUAUGUAAAACAUUGUUAAUUGUAUUUUUUUUUUUUUAAUAAUUAUAACAAAUAAUAAAAGUGAUAAGUUAUUUUUGAUGUAUUAAACAAACGGCAGUUCAAUUUUUUGGGAAAGCUAAUAUUGGGCGUCGAAGCUCAUUAAAAAUUACUGCAAGACCAGAAGCCCAAUUAUGAGCCAGCCCGACACUGCAGGGUGAGCAAGGUUACCGUCGGCGUAUACGGGAUACCUAGCUAAAACAACAAUUUUUUGGAAGGAAUAAAAUUGUAAAUUUGUACCUAUUAUGUAUAAAAAAUAAAAAUGUUAUUAUAUAGAUUUUGUAAAAUGUUUAAAUAUACAAGUUUGAUUAUAUCAUUA